AUAACCGAUGGAUCGAGUGUUUAAAUAUAUAUAUAAACGAAAACAUAACGCAAGAAGCAGUAGUAGUUCUCACUGAGUACAAUGAAGGCUGCUCUGUUGCUUGUUGCUGCCCUGGUAGCAGUGGUGGAGGUCCACGGACAACCAGAAGAGUCGACCACCGUCGCCAACCCACAACCAACCACCGUCACUAAUCCACAACCAACCACCGUCACUACGCCGAAACCAACCACAGAAAGCUCGCCCGCGGAAGACGAAGAUGCCAUAUGUGUGGAGGCAGACAACACUCUGUACUUGUAUGCUAAUGUCCAGAAGCUGUAUUAUUGCUACGACCUGCUACCGAAAAUUUACGUGGUGCAAUCAAAGGACAAAUGUACGACAGAGCUGUUAGACUGUCCACGGAACUGAAAUCCAAGUUGCCGGCUCACCCUUAAGGGGGUGAUUACGAGUUAUUGAAGACCAGAUGGCUGGCCUCCUGACUGAAGAGGUCUACCGUCUCCAGAGGAAGAGGACGAUGGAAGAGCGUCAGAACAUACAUCUUUCGUUCGCACCAAAAACAGGCGGAAGCAAGUCAUCCUGUGUUAUAGCAUUUUCUGAUUACUUCACGACAAGCAAUAAAUAAGAUGCGCUUUUCAUUUAGGCGAGAAACUGACUGCAAAAAUUAGUAUUUAAAAACAUUGGUCUUGGCUUUAUUUAUCUUUCUGUUAUUCUUGUAAUACUUUUACUCUUACGUAAUAAACGUGUGGAUUCAUGCCGACAACUGUUAUAUUUCAA